AUGAAGAAGACAGUUUUGAUUACCGGAUGCAGCGUUGGUGGCCUUGGUUAUGCUUUGGCUGAAGAGUUUCACAAACUUGGCUAUCACGUCAUCGCCACAGCCCGAGACACGACAAAGAUUGGUCCCUUGGCAAACAAACCCGACGUUGACGUCUUCCCUCUCGACGUCACAUUGCCUGAAUCGAUCUCGGACUUACUUGCUAAAAUACAGGCCAAGGGAAUCAAACUAGAUUUUCUUGUCAACAAUGCUGGCUGCGCCUCUUUCAACCCUUUAGUGCACGCGGAUAUUGAUAAUGCCAAAGCUUUAUAUGAUGUGAACGUGUGGGGUUCUCUGAGAGUCACUCAGUCAUUUAUACCGCUGUUGGUAAGCACUCAAGGAGUGAUACUAAACAUUGCGUCUAUGGCUGGAGCAGUUCCUCUAGCAUGGCAGGGAAAUUCCAAAGCCGCUAUGACCUUUAUCUCCGAGACGCUGAAGAUUGAACUCGAGCCUCUGGGGGUACGUGUAGUGACAGCCAUGGUCGGCGCUGUCAACACUGAGAUAUAUGGUGGCUGCGAUGUGAUACUACCAAAUGACUCUUGGUAUAAACCGAUCGAGAGUAUAAUUCGAAGGCAAGCAAAGGGAGAAAUGCAACUGCCCAAUAACGAGGCAGUGGAAGUCACAGCAGCGUCUAUCGUAAGAGAUACGCUUAGUGGGCGAAGGGGGAAGAUCUGGCGUGGUGGGGAAGCGGGUAUAGCUAGUGUUGGCUCGUGGCUCUUUCCGACUUGGCUUGUUGAGUCUAUUCUCCAUAGGAACAGAGGGUUAUCUGCACUGAGGAAGGCACAUAGGCAAACUUAG